AUGUGGAUAUUGGACUCGGAGGGGGAUUUCCUAGAGGGAAAGCGCGUGUGGCUGCGGCCUGGGAAGAAGUAUCUCUUCGGUCGGAUAAGGCAAGAUGGAGUGCGGCAUGCUAUACAGCAUUCCUCAAUAUCCCGGAAACACAUGGUGAUUGAGGUGUCGCCAGUGAAACCCGGCGAUGGCUCGCACAUCUACACUAAAUCCGAGAUCACCGUCCAUGAUCAAAACUCCAAGUGCGGAACGAUAGUCGAUGGCGAAUCAAUACAGGGGGGAAGCAGGAAGCUAAGCGGCGAGGAGCACACCAUCAAGCUGGGGAGAUACCAGCAUGCGUUGCGAAUCAAAUGGCAGCCGACGGUUCUCAGUUUCUCCUUCUCCUCCAAGGAGCUCAGGGCGAAGGAUCCUCUGGCGCAUGUGCGGUCGCGUCUCGAAGACUUGGAUAUCAAGACUAUCAUCCCGUAUGGCGUGGAUCAGACUACGCACGUUGUCCAGAGCAAACGCAAUACAGCCAAGGGACUCCAAGCCUUGGUGAACGGGAAAUACAUCGUCCAGGAAUCUUACAUCGAUGCGCUGGUGUAUGCUGCGACACCGAGCGAUCUAGAGAAUUUGGAGUCGCUAUCGCCGCUGGAAACAGACUUCGACUCUGCGUGGCCGGACCCGACGGAGCAUCUUCCACCCCAAGGGAGAGAAGUCGUGCAGAGGCCCGUUGAGGCAUUUGCUCCGAAUCCAGACAGGAUCAACAUAUUCGAAGAUUACACGUUUGUCUUUGGGGACCCUUCCCAGUUUAGCAAUCUACAAGAUCCGAUCAGCAAUGGCCAUGGAAAGGCACUAUUGUACCCGGUGGAGAACAGCGUGACUACUGCAGAAGAUAUUGUGCAAUUCAUGAGAAACGCUGCUGGUCGCAAAGGCCUUGGCGGAGCAAGCGACGGCCCUGGCGGAGUGGUGCUCGUCCGUUUUCGGGCCAAGGCGCCCUGGGAGACCUGGGCGAUUGAGCUGGGCAACCAGGUCGCCCUAAUGACGAAUCAGCGCGUCAUUGAGCAGAGUGAGUUCCUAGAUGCAAUCCUAGGUAACGAUGCGUCCACGUUGUGUCGACCGCUGCCCGAAACCACCUCGAGUCCAGAGAUUGGACAAACACCGACGUCGCAACUAGCGGCGGAUGAGACGGUCGACGUGAUUGCCGAUUCUCAGGCAGUCGAAGAGUCGAGCCAGCCGAGCCCGCCGCCCCGCAGAAGAAACAAGUCGCCGAGGAUUCGCGCCAUCAGUAGCAAAGUGAAGUCAUUCGAUGAUGAAUUUGAUAUUGCUUCGAUUCCGACCUACACGCAAGCGGGAAUUGAUCAUGUGGUAGAAUCGCAAUCCGCAAUGGAUAUCGCUCCAGCAUCUGAGCAACCCUCUCAGCACCUGAGCAUUCUCGACAACGAGGAAGAUCUAGUCUCGAGCCUCUUGCCGGGAGCCACGGCAAUGAAACGCCGGCGCGCGGAGACUGUGCAACGUAGCUUGUCAGAUAUACAGAGUCAUCCGCCGGCCGAGGAACCUCGCAAGGCCAAACGACAGAAGCUGGACGUGCUAGAAGCGGCACGGCAGCACCGCGACGCAGAGGAGGAUGCCCAGCGGAAGCGCCGACAGGAGGAAGAAGCGUCUCUUCAGCUUUCGCUCAACGAGGCGGACGUUGAGCAGUUGAAAAAUCUGGCCAUUGUGGAAGAGAUGGAGAUCAAACCUCGCGCGCACACCGCCGAGGACAGUCGAUGGGACGAGCGAUGGAAUGGGCGAAAGAAUUUCAAAAGAUUCCGGCGGAAAGGCGAGCCCGGUCAGACUCGGCAUCGUAUCCAGGCGGUCAUUGUCCCCUUGGAGGAGGUGACCCGGCGGGACUUUGGCAUUGGCGAUCAUUACUGGGUCAGUAGCCGUCAGUCGACGGAGCCGCGACCAUCGGAAACCCAAGGGGGGCGCCCAGUGGCGCAUGAGGAGGCAUCCCGUUCUCGGCCUCUCUCUCGGUCUCUCUCUCGGUCACAGUCUCGGUCGCGGGCUCAAUCUCAGUCGCAGACCCAUUCUAUCUCCCAGGUGGAGUCGGCGACACCAAUUUCGCGAAGUCAAAAACGGGUACGAGAAGAGCAAGAUUCCGACAGCGAUGACGAGCUUCGCUUCCGAUUCCGUCGUCGGAGGUGA